AUGAAAAAUGGUCUUUUAUUGAGUGGCAAGACUGUGAUACGGCCGAUCGCGUUCAAGCCGCUGGGCGGACGGCUGUCUGCGGGCGGGGAGCGGUAUGGCUCGACCCCGGUGCUUGCGAGUAGACCACCAUCUCUAAUGACUUUAUAUGGAAGUUCUUCCGAUGUUCGAGAAUCACGUUGGUGUGGGUCUCCACAACCGGCGUCUUUAUCCGCUCUGCCACCUGCCACGCUCUCCACCCCGCUUCACCAGAGACAUCACUCAGCUAUCGUUGAUGACGUAACAUUUGCAAAGCGGUGCGGUUUGAUCUUCCUUAUGUAUAAGACAAAGUCGAGUACGGGUCUGAGCGCAGAGAGUAAGGAACCGGUGCCGGCACCGUCGCCUGCCGACUCUGGCGUCUCUGAACUCGAGCGGGAUCAGCAUGAAUACAGUACAACGGAGCGAAUGCGCGGGCACGAGGUGCGGCUGCGGGCGCCGCGCGCGCUCACGCUGCAGGCGUACGGGCGCGGGCGCGACGAGCGUGACGCCGAGCUGGCGCGCGUGCGCCGCGACCGCGCGCUGCUGCGCCACCGCCUCGAGGAUACCGAGUGGAGCCUGUGCCAGCGCGCCGGUGAGAUCGCGCUGCUCAAGACGCAGCUCAAGGAGGCUCAGGUGAGUGACGUCACAACAUGCCAGCGCCUCGAGGACGCCGAGUGGAGCCUGUGCCAGCGCGCCGGCGAGAUCGCGCUGCUCAAGACGCAGCUCAAGGAGGCUCAGAUGAGUGGCGUCACAACAUGCCAGCGCCUCGAGGACAUCGAGUGGAGCCUGUGCCAGCGCGCCGGCGAGAUCGCGCUGCUCAAGACGCAGCUCAAGGAGGCUCAGGUGAGUGAGGUCACAACAUGCCAGCGCCUCGAGGACACCGAGUGGAGCCUGUGCCAGCGCGCCGGCGAGAUCGCGCUGCUCAAGACGCAGCUCAAGGAGGCUCAGGUGAGUGACGUCACAACAUGCCAGCGCCUCGAGGAUACCGAGUGGAGCCUGUGCUGGCGCGCCGGCGAGAUCUCGCUGCUCAAGACGCAGCUCAAGGAGGCUCAGGUGAGUGGCGUCACGACAUGCCAGCGCCUCGAGGACACCGAGUGA